AUCAACAUCUGUGCUGGUAAAGUCUGCCAGGACUCACUGGACCCCUCACGUUUCCCACGCUGGAAGACGUUUCUUCCUCCGUGCUUCUGCUUCUCUGUCUUCAUCACCUCCCUGCUGCUGGUGGCCAUGAUUCUGAGCUUCGCCCUGCAGCCCAGCCUGGAGGAGUCUCUGAAGAUCGGGCUGAAGAACGGCAUCCGCUUCUACAAGGAUACAGACACACCAGGCCAUUGUUUCCAGAAGGAGACUAUUGACCGUUUACAGAUUGAGUUCCAGUGCUGUGGUAAUACUAACUACAGGGACUGGUUUGAGGUGCAGUGGAUCAGCAACCGCUACCUGGACUUCACAUCCAAAGAAGUGAAAGA